CUUCCGUCAACGCUGCGCGUCAGCCAUUUCUAUUUCGUUCCCGUGUGUUGCAGAGCUAAGUCCGGCAUUAUUUUUCCCAGAGCUGUUGUGCAGAGUAAAUAUUAGGAAGUUGCAAGUGUCACUGGUGUAAAUUCCCCGAGGAGAAAAAGGCGAAGUUAAUCGACGCCUCAAGUGCGCAUUCUGGUGUUGUAGAUGCGAUGUCGUCCAUAGGUAAAAUCUUUGAACCUAUAAUAAUGGCGGCCGGCUAAAAUCGUUAAAGCCGGACGCUAGUACGGAAUGAAACCCGGUACAGCUGUAUUUUUACAUUUUUAUGCCUACGUUUCCGGAAAUACGCAUUUUAACAUGCAUUCAACGUAUCGUAGCUGAUUUGAAAGUAUAUUGGCAGCCUCAGGCUGUAGUGUAUUGACCUUUCCGCUGGCAGGUUCAUGUUUUCAUCAUAUACAAUUUUGGGGCCCCACACCCUAAAUUAGGCUAUCAAGGUACACCAUUGACUAUACGUCUAGUAUACCAAUUGAUGUAUUAUUAUGGUUUGUUUCUUUGAGACAAACCAUAUCCUACCUAGCAAUCCAGAUAACUUUUGACUAAAUACAAAUAAUAUGUCUGUUGUACACAUGAUAACUUAUUUGUUUGUGUACAGUAGCAUAUUAACAUUGGAUCAGUUUCAUUUUCGUGCAUAGGACGACAUGCCUAUUUCCCCAUUCACCCAAUAUUCCAAUAGAUCUCGGCAGUAUGCGAUCUGCUACUAGAUCCUUCCUCAGUCUUCAGAUAUCAGAACAAAAAAGUGAGGACUGCGAAAUGGCAGAUCUGAACGAAAUCGAAGAGGUGCUGUUGAGCGGUGAGCCGAGUACAAACGGUGUCAAGAGGUCCGAAACGGAGAUCGACCCGGAGUUGCUGAAACUCCUUGGGGAUGAGCCCCUUGGCAAGGAGCCAGAGUUCGGCCCAGAAGUCGACCCCCAGAUUGCAGAGAGAUGGGCCGAGUACCUGACAGCUGGCCCCGCAGCAAGAGACGAUAAGGACGAGCUCACCAGGAAGUACCUCAUCCCGAAGAACAUCCCUCAUUUGAAACCACCGGCGUUGAACUCUGAAUUGGAGAUCUUACUCCCAACUGGCGCUAAGAAAGAAGACCGCUAUAAGUGUAACAUCCAAGCCAGUAUGGGUGUGGCCCUUGCUGCGCUGGCUACUACUAUAGAUACGCUGCUCAAGAGUGACUUGCCCGCUGAUGAAAUGAAAAAGCAGAUACUACCGAACGUCGUGGAUGCAAGCAAGAUUCUUUGUGGUUCUUAUCGUAUGAUGACUAUCAACAGGAAGUACGCCGUGGAGGUCCACAUGGACAAAUCCCUCAAGCAAGUGAUCAAGGAGUGCAGGAAUGACGUUCAGUACUUAUGCGGACCCAACCUCGGCUUGGCGCUCAAUGUGAAGAAACUUCCAAAUAGAAGAAACAGGAACAAGCCGGCAAAAGCCGAGGUGAAGACUGAAGCCAAUACUUCUACUACUGAUCUGUCAAUGACCGAUGUAAGCCAAACUGCCGAAGAUGCUGAUGGUAGCAUUGCCGAAACACCCGCGGAAAGUACUGGCGCUGAAGAAGAGGAAAAGAGUGCUGGAAACGAUGACUCGGAGAUGACCAAACUCCUCGGAGAUGACGCUGCUAAAUCCCAAGGGCCAGCUGAGGGUCCAGAGGUGCAUACGGCCAUCGCCAGCAGAUGGGUGAAGUUCUUGACCCGUGGUGUUGAGAGAAAGGACUUGGAGCCAUUGAACAAGAAAUAUCUGAUUCCUAAGAAUAUCCCUGAGUUGAGAGCCCCCAAGCUAAAUCCUCAGCUGAAACCAAAGUUGAGUGAGCAAUUGAAGAGAGAAGAUAGGUAUUUGGCCAUGAUCCAGUCUGGACUAGGAGUAGGUCUCACUGCAAUCGCCGAAACAAUCGAUCAAGUAUUGAGGAAUGAAGUGAGUGCAGCGGAAGUGAAAACUUCCCUUUUGCCACGUAUCGUUGACGCAGGCAAAAUAAUGUGCGGCUCCUUCAGCGCAAUAACCACUAACAGAAAGUACCAUAUUGAAACCAGGCUGGACAGACCAUACAGGACCCUGGUGAAAGAGAGCGUACCAGAUGAAUGGCUCUGUGGAAAAGACUUUGCAACGAAAGUCACUAUUGUCGAGAGUCAGUUGGACUCAUUCAAACAGCUGAAAAAAUCCGAUUCGGUAGGAGGGAAUCAGGCGAAAAGACCAGCCACCGGAGGUGCGCAAAGGUCGGCGGCUACAAAAUCUACAAUUGCCACAGCAGCCAAAGGCGCUAGCGGAGCCGCGCAGGCUGCUAGGAAACGGUGGAAGUCCAGGAGUGGCCCAAGAGCUGAUUGGGGCAACCAAGGCGGCCAAGGUGUCAAGCGCAAGUCCAGUGAUUGGCACAGCAGGCCAAAUAAUUACAGCGAGUGGGCUGCCAGACAACCACCACCGUUGAUGUCUACCCGUCCGGCUUGGAAUCCAUGGAUGUAGACUUUCAAACUGAAGUAUUACUGGUUAUUGCAACUUUGACGUCAUUUAUACGUCAAGUGAAUAUUCGUUUGGUUUCAUUUAACUUGUGGAUUUUGUUUCACUUUGUCUUAUGGUAUAAAAAGCUAUAGUUUGUCGAUAUAUGUUGUAUUAAUCAUUAUGUUGAUUUCGCUAAAAAAAUGUUCCAAUAUUUGUUCAUUAUCCAGUAAUAAUUGUGUCAUUUGUAUUGAAGUUUGAGAGUAUACAAAGCAGUAUUGGCAUUCCAAAGUAUCAUACCCUACAAAGUUACUCGGUUAUCUCUAAUAUUAAAUAUGUGGUUUACUUCAUGUACAGAAUAUCUCGGAAGGUAUCUAUUUCUGUUGGAUUUUUUUACACAUACGCUCUCAUUAAAACAAUUCAUUAUUUGUUUAUGAAAAUUUUGUAGACUUGAGGUUUAAUGAAAGCAGUAAGGUAAUAAUUACAAUAAAAAUUUUAUAGAACACGUUCAUCAGGUGUUAAAAAUUUGAAAAGCCUUAGCUAUUAAUACUUUUUUUAUUAAUUAACUCGUAUUCUGUAAAUGUGUAUUUUUAUUAUUGAAAUAAAUCUAGGUUAUUUCACUAAA